AUGGCUUUGGCCGAAGCUAGGGCGGCUUGGCAGAGAACUGCCAACCGAUGUUUAGUCCAAGAAGAUGCUAAACGAGCCCCCAAAUUCGCUUGUUGCCCCUCGGUAAAUCCUUCGUUCAAGCACUCGGAAAAUGAACCCGUAAAUGCAGACAACGGCCGAGAUAUUCCCACCACUUUCUCCGUCCCGUUUAACCGAAACCCGUCGUGUUCCAAUUCAUCCCCGAGCUCGAGAUGGUGGCUGCAGACCCAGCCAAGUUAUGGGUACCGACAGGUCGAGUCGAAGUUUGCUCCUUCUGUUGAAAGUCAAAAUCUUGAAUUGCUUAGAGAAUGUUCGGUGGAAGUAGACGAGCCGAGUGUUUGUAGCUGUGACUUUUCGGAAAGUGCCGAAGUUUUCUGUUUCGAAUCGGAGAAAAGUGUUCCGUGGUGGCGAUCAGUUGAUACUGAGGAGCUGGCUUUGUUGGUGGCCCAAAGGUCGACUGAAGUUUUGGAGAAUUGUGACCUCCCGAGACCUCAGAAUGCUCGGGUGAAGGAGAAUGUGGGCAUGGAUAUGCCUUAUUUUGUUCACAGUGAGAAUUACACUCGUGAUCCUACACAAGGAUGUGAAGUUGGAUUGUGUUCUUGCGAGAAACUUACAGAAUCGGAUAAAGUUCAGUUAGUGUUAGGAACAAACAGGAUAUCGAGGUGCAGCCCAACCCUCAAGAAAACGCCCGAGCACGACACGACUCAGCUUCUAGAAGCAUUGCGUCAUUCUCAGACACGAGCUAGGGAAGCCGAGGAUGGUAUGAAACGAGCCUGUGCAGAAAAAGAGCACGUUGUAAGGCUCGUACUAAGACAGGCGUCCCAGAUAUUUGCCUACAAACAGUGGAUUAGCCUUAUGCAGUUGGAGAAUAAUUUUUUUCAGUUCAAGAACAGUAAAAGUCGGGCCAGGCCCACCAUAUCCCGAGUGAGGUUGCCUAAUUGGGCUACUGUAGGAAAUAAGAAAAUGCGGAAAAGAAGCUGGGGCCAGUGUUGGAGCAGAAAACGGGCCAAGAGGGCCCGACCCGUGUUUGAUGUCGGUAAAUAUGCAAUUGUUUUUGCUCUGGGAUUGGGGCUCGUCGGUGUUGGCUUGUUGCUCGGGUCGACGAUCGGUUGA